CCAUCCCGUGUCCCCCAAGCUGAGCUCCAGAGCCUCCCCCUUCUUCAACUUCCGCCCGUGAACUUGGUUUUCCCGUGUUACAGGCCCCCAGCGCAUCUUCUGUGUCUUCAGAUCGUGCUUCUCGUGAUACGACAGGUACCACCACAACCAGGUUCGUAAGCGCCAGCAGGGCAUUGAGCAUUUCCGUGUCGCAGCACCCCAAACAUCUUUCCACCCGCUUCUGCCAUAUAAAUCCGCAAAAGACGCUGAUCGCGAGCAUCUCCAGCUCCAACAUCGAUUUCCACGCGCAACUUACACGUCCGUCGCCAUGGUCGAGCUCCGAAAGCGCAAGACACCCCCUCCCGCGCCCGUGCGGCCAGCAAAGAAGAAGGCUGCCGCGAAGCCCGCGCCAUCCAAAGCUGCAAAAGUCAAGGAGGCGGUCGCCGCGAAGGUUGAAGCUGUCAAAGAAGCCGUAGUACCAACCAAUGGCGCAAAGAAAGCAUCCCCAGCGGGUGGCCCCCCGGCUGUCGGCGACAUUGUUGACUUAGCGACAUUCGGCGGCGAGAUCGAGACACACGAAGGCGCGAAGACGACGCUCAAGGCGCUGGUUGAGGAGAGCAAGGGCGGUGUUGUGCUGUUCACGUAUCCCAAGGCUAGCACCCCAGGAUGCACAACUCAAGCGUGCCUCUUCCGCGACUCUUAUACCCCCCUAACCGCGACGGGCUUCCAAAUCUUUGGCCUCAGCUCGGACAGCCCCAAAGCCAACACCACCUUCAAGACUAAGCAGAACCUCCCCUACACGCUUCUCUGCGACCCUUCCGCCACGCUCAUCAAAGCCAUCGGCCUGCAGAAGGCACCCAAGGGCACCAAGCGCGGUGUCUUCGUCGUUGAUAAAGAAGGCAAGGUGCUAGCAGCUGUGACAGGUGGACCAGCGGCUACAGUUGAUGUUGUGAAGAAGCUUGUGGGCGGAGAGGGCGCUGUGCCGGCUGAGGCUGCUAAGGAGAAGGAGGAUGUAGCCCUGGCUAAGACAGCGAGCGAGGUUGCCGACACCGCGGCGAAGCUGGAUGGAUGAUCGGAGCACAUAUGUUGCCUUCGUAGCCCUGCUUCAGUAGUCCCUAAAACCGAUGGCUUUCG